GCACAGCGCAGCAGCCCAGCCCCAGCAGCCCCCCCCACCCGUUGUGAAAAGAAAAGUUGGAGCUGCAGGAGGUUCUAAUCCUAAUCGUUUACCAAGAAGUUUUCUCUGAAUUUUUCUUCAAGGAACACUAUUCAAAAUGCAAGCAUCUAAGCUUUUAGCCAGGACUAAAUCUGCGUUGCCUAAAAUUGCCAAAUGCAACAUUGGAAUCUCUGCACCUGCCCUACAGAAAGCCUCUGAUCCCAUUCAACAGUUGUUCUUGGACAAAAUUCGUGAAUACAAACAAAAGAGCAGUGGAGGCAAGACUCUGGUGGACCCGACGCCUCAGAUACAGAAGGAGAAGGAGGCAGAGCUGGACAGAGUAGCCAGGCAGUAUGGAGGUGGCUCUGGUGUAGAUAUGACCAAGUUCCCCGAUUUUAAGUUCCCAGAUGUAAAACUGACUGCAUAAAAGCUUCAUCACCAUAAUUCUUAGAAAUAAAUAUUUGUGUCAUGUUCUGUUAAUAAUAAAAUGAUAUACAAGAUUGA